GUGGCCCCCCUGGUACUCCAGGGGUGCUUGAAAGGCUCCUUUGUGCCUCCUGCCGUGGGCAGGGCUGCGGCUCGCUGCCAGGAUGGUGGCACAUGGUGGCUUCCUGCCCGCCCCGGCCCCACUGCAGCGCUCGGCGUCACCGCCCUUUGCCCAGCCCCGCGUUAAUGAUCCACCCGCUCCGUGCCCGCCAGCCCCAGCAGCCACCCGGCGUGGUGGCAGCGGCAGCAGAGCCGAGGGUCCUCAGCACGGGCGGCUCGGGGGGGCUGGCAGCUCCUUGCCCCGCACCCCACCCCUCUUCCCCAGCGCCCAGAUAAGAGCGGCUGCGGGCAGCACCCACUGCCCAGCGCGGCGCGGGCACAGAGCGGCCGGACCAUGGCCGUGGCCACGGUGAACCUGCGCGCCCUGACCUCCUGGGUGGGCAUCACCCGGCUCUUUGCCGUCGUGCUGUCCUGCCUCGCCUUCAGCUUGGUGGCCUCCACCGGGGACUUUGGGGGUCCCUACGGGACGUGGUGCAUGUUCACGUGGUGCUUCUGCUUCGUUGUGACGCUGCUGGUGCUGCUGCUGGAGCUGCUGGAGCUCUACCCCCUGCUGCCGCUCUCCUGGGAUGACUUCACCUCAGCUUUCUCCAUGCUGGCGGCUCUGAUGGUCUUCACCUCCUCGGUGAUCUUCCCUGCCACCUUCAUCAUCAGCCCCUGCAGCAGCAACCAGUGUGCCCGGCAGGCCGUGGCCACCACCGCCUCCUGCCUCUGCUUCCUCGCCUACGCCGCCGAGGUGGCGCUGACCCGCGCCAAGCCAGGGGACAUCAGCAGCUUCCUCUCCACCGUGCCUGGACUCCUCAAGGUCUUUGAAGCCUACGUGGCUUGCCUGAUCUUCUCCUUGCUGGAUGAAUACAAUGGGGAACCUGGCCUGAUGUGGUGCGUGGCUGUCUACUCCAUCUGCUUCAUCAUCACCCUCCUCAUCAUCAUCUUCACCAUCGGCCGCUGCCUCACCUACAUUCCCUGCCCGCUGGAGAAGAUGCUGGUGGGGUACAACUUCCUGGCCCUGCUGAUGUACCUCACCACCACCAUCCUCUGGCCCCUCUACAACUUCAGGGGACGCAGCCGCCCCGACUCCUGCGACAGGAACUGCUCGUGGAACAAGCACCUGGGGGUCACCUUCCUCACCAUCUUCAACCUCAUCGCCUACUUGGUGGACCUGAUCUUCUCCACCAGGAUGGUCUUUGUCAGGGCACCUCCCUAAGGGCUCGGGGUGGGGCUCGGGGUGGUGGGACGCGGCUGGGUGCUGGUGUCAGUGCGGGGCUGCUGGCAGAGCUGAGGAAGAGGCCAGAUGCCUCGGAAAGCUCCUCGUUCCCGUGCUGGAGCAGAGAGCCAGGGGGUGCUCCUAGGGGUGCGCUCAGCCCGGGGCCCCAGGGGCUGCACUGACAGGGGGGCUGCAGGGGCCACGAGGGGCUCCCGAAACCCCGGAGCUUGAGAGGAUUCGGGAUUAAAUUGGGUCAUUUUUCA